UGCAGUGACAUUCUUGAUCAAAUCCCCCCACCCAAAAACUCACUUCACUGGUGAAAUUUUGUCUCUCUCCCUCUCUCUCUCCCUCUAAACUCUGUCUCUGUGAAAAGUCUACGAGUUCACCUCCCCCAGGAGCUGUUGAAACCCUAACCUAAUCUCUCUGCAAUCACAUUGAUACAUUUGACUCGUUCACCGCGAAGUGGCUUGGCGUUAAAGGCUGAAAUUUUGAGUUCUUGGGAGGGGAACAGAGUAGUUUUUGGGUUUGAGACGACUAGUGGACUGUUCUUACUUGUAUGAGGUGAAGUGCGUGAAGUACUUUUUCCUGGCUGAAUUAGAUCUUUCAAAAUUCAGCGUCCAGGUUCAGGGGGCGACUUGCCCCAAGGUGGCGAGUACAGUCCUUUUCCUGUAGCCCGGAAGGUGAAUUCCAUCCAUUCUGUGGUCAUGGAUGUUGAUGUGGAGGGUGGUAAUUUGGGGCCUUACCAAGACAGGCCGAGGACAUUCCCUAACAUGCGUGGUAAAUCUUACAACCCAUUGAUUUUCCGGAUUCUGAUGCGGAUAAAUGUCCGUGUUCUUUUUGUUAUUUUACUUCUUGCACUUGGAGUGGUCUUUUACGUUGGAGCAAGUACUUCCCCUAUCAUUGUAUUCGUCGUCUCAAUUUGUAUUAUCAGCUUUUUGGUGUCUAUGCACCUGGCUAAAUGGGUUCUUGCAAAGGAUGAGGGACCUCCGGAGAUGGGACAGAUAUCAGAUGCAAUACGUGAUGGAGCUGAAGGUUUCUUCAGGACCCAGUAUGGAACCAUCUCUAAGAUGGCAAUUUUACUAGCUUCGGUUAUCCUCUGCAUAUAUUUAUUUCGCAGACCAACACCUCAGCAAGAAGCAUCUGGUCUCGGGAGGUUCACUUCAGCUUAUAUUACGGUAGCUGCAUUUCUUUUGGGAGCUUUAUGUUCAGGUGCUGCUGGGUAUGUUGGGAUGUGGGUUUCAGUUCGUGCAAAUGUUCGAGUCUCUAGUGCUGCUAGACGGUCUGCAAGAGAGGCAUUACAGAUAGCUGUUCGUGCUGGUGGUUUUUCUGCUUUGGUGGUUGUUGGUAUGGCUGUACUUGGUAUAGCCAUCCUGUAUGCCAUUUUUUAUGUUUGGUUGGAGGUGGAUUCCCCAGGUUCAAUGAAGGUUACUGACUUGCCUCUUCUGCUUGUUGGAUAUGGAUUUGGAGCUUCUUUUGUUGCCUUAUUUGCUCAGUUGGGAGGUGGAAUAUACACCAAGGCAGCUGAUGUUGGAGCAGAUCUUGUUGGAAAAGUAGAGCAGGGAAUUCCCGAAGAUGACCCUAGGAAUCCUGCUGUGAUUGCUGAUCUGGUUGGAGACAAUGUGGGAGAUUGUGCAGCCCGUGGUGCUGAUCUUUUUGAAAGUAUUGCUGCUGAAAUUAUUAGUGCUAUGAUUCUUGGGGGAACGAUGGCUCAACGUUGUAAAAUCGAAGAUGCAUCUGGUUUCAUCUUGUUUCCUCUGGUUGUUCACUCUUUUGAUCUGGUGAUUUCAUCAGUUGGAAUAUUCUCAAUUAGAGGUACACGUGAUUCCAGUGGAAAGGCUUCUUCCGAGGAUCCAAUGAAAAUUCUACAGAGAGGAUAUUCUGUUACAAUACUCUUGGCUGUUCUGACAUUUGGUGCGUCUACGCGAUGGCUGCUUUAUACUGAGCAAGCACCAUCUGCGUGGUUUAACUUUGCCUUGUGUGGGCUAGUUGGCAUCAUCACAGCAUAUGUCUUCGUCUUUAUCACCCAAUACUAUACCGACUACAAACACGAGCCUGUACGCACAUUAGCUCUUGCAAGCUCCACAGGUCAUGGGACUAAUAUAAUUGCUGGAGUCAGUUUGGGUCUUGAAUCAACUGCUCUUCCAGUUCUUGUCAUUAGUGUAUCUAUUAUCUCAGCUUACUGGCUGGGCCAGACCUCUGGCCUUAUAGACGAACAUGGAAUUCCAACUGGUGGGCUGUUUGGCACAGCUGUAGCAACAAUGGGAAUGCUCAGUACUGCUGCAUAUGUUCUCACUAUGGAUAUGUUUGGUCCAAUAGCUGAUAAUGCUGGUGGAAUUGUAGAGAUGAGUCAGCAGCCUGAAAGUGUUCGGGAGAUCACUGAUGUUCUAGACGCAGUAGGAAACACUACAAAAGCUACCACUAAAGGAUUUGCCAUAGGAUCUGCUGCACUUGCAUCUUUUCUUCUGUUUAGUGCUUAUAUGGACGAGGUUGCUGCAUUUGCACGUGAACCUUUCAAACAGGUUGAUAUUGCCAUUCCAGAAGUUUUUGUUGGCGGAUUGUUGGGCUCUAUGCUGAUAUUUCUAUUUAGCGCAUGGGCCUGUUCAGCAGUUGGGCGAACUGCACAAGAGGUUGUUAAGGAAGUAAGGCGGCAAUUUAUUGAGAGGCCUGGGAUAAUGGAGUACAAGGAGAAGCCAGAUUAUGCUCGUUGUGUUGCUAUUGUAGCAUCUGCAUCUUUAAGGGAGAUGAUAAAACCUGGUGCCUUGGCUAUUAUUUCACCUAUAGCUGUUGGUAUUGUGUUCCGGAUCUUUGGAUACUACAAUGGGCAACCUCUACUUGGUGCUAAAGUUGUGGCUUCCAUGCUGAUGUUUGCAACUGUUUCUGGUAUUCUUAUGGCACUUUUCCUCAACACAGCCGGAGGUGCCUGGGAUAAUGCAAAGAAGUACAUUGAGACAGGGGUUCUCGGUGGCAAGGGAAGUGAUUGCCAUAAGGCUGCAGUUACAGGAGAUACUGUGGGUGACCCAUUCAAAGACACAGCCGGACCUUCACUGCAUGUUCUCAUCAAAAUGCUUGCAACUAUAACGCUGGUUAUGGCUCCGGUCUUUCUCUGAGAGUUGUUUAUAACGAUUCCGGUUGUGCCAGUUUACUGCAGCCCCUUAUCUUGAGUUGCUGAUUACUCAGAAGCAAAAUAUACUGCAAAUAUACAAAGAGGUUUUGUUUAUGUACAUUGAGGGUGCCUGAUUCGUAGUCAUACCAAAUUGUCUUUGUUUUUCUUUUUGACUUGGAUCUCGAAUAAUUAAUGUUAAUUAGCGUAUUAACAGUAAUAUGUAGUUUAUGACGUAUUAUCCUCGACGUAAUUGAUCAAAAUACAGAGUUUAUCA